CUCACUCCCAUCUUUAGUGUACUCGUCACAGAAGGAAACACCUUUGCAAUUUUGUCCAACAUGGCUCUCAGCGGAGGCUUAUGGGGUCCGAUAGCCAUUCGGACCUUCAAGUAAGUUUAUUUUGCAUACUUAAACCUCUGUACCCAUCCACAUACCCGCCGAGUCGGCCCAGAUAUGACUCCACCCAUUUCCGAAGUCCAAGUACUAACUGCCGCAACAGAUACGCUUUCAAGAAGACUUCUAAUCUUCUGAAAGCUCGACUUUCGGAGAUAUCACGACCGCUAAAUCGCGAACUUCAACCAGUUCUCGUACGCGUAACUCCUCGACACGCAAUCCAUCCUGCCGCUCGUCUUAGACAAAGUAAGGGAAGAUGGUUCACUACACACAGUACCAUCAAUGCAUCCAUACGCCGAUUUAUGAGCAGCGUUUCGGAAUCUGCUCCCAAAUAUAAUCGCGCUUCUUUUCCACCCUCCGCUACAGCUAGAGCUGUUGGUAGAUUGACUACUAGAACCCCAUUUGCCUCAACCCUACGACCAAACCUGACUGGAGGAGCUCUCCCUCGUUCCGCGGGUGGCUAUGGUUUAGGAGGUGGAGGAGCCAAUGGAGCUCGUUAUUUCUCACAUGGCCCUGCUGCUCCAGCACAGGUCAUGAAUGACGUAUCCAUUGCCGUCCGCGCUUUCUUUCUAUCGGGAAACAAGGCCCAAUACGAUGGAACAACUUCAUUAGGAGAGAAAAGAUAUCGUGCCAUUUCGACCCUUCAAGCAGAGACUGGCCGUAAAAUGAGAUCUCUUCCUAAACAUACCCUUGGCUCGUUUAUCGACUUCAAAGUCAACCCUACCAUCACAGCACUCACACCUCUGGGCAAAAUAUUCCCAGCUGGCUCUAUAAUGGAAGCUUCUACCCCUCAUCUGAACACGGAGGGCUUCCUUGAUGUUCUCUCCGUCGAUUUCGCUCGCGCUUUAAAGGAUCUCGCGGCUACAUUGGGCGAUUUGAAAAGACUCUCAUCUCUUGGAGACCUACCAAUCACAUUAGAGGAGAAAUCCGUUCUUCGAGUGCGGUUUCCAGGAUGCGACGCGGAGACGGUUGAACGUCUUUGUGACGAAGUUGGUGUGCAAAGAGGAAUCAUUCAUCAAGACCAAGAUUUCGAUCAUAGUGUUGGAGGCAACAUGGCUCUAAUGUUCCCAUUCGCUCCUACAUCCGAGAAAGCUCUAUCUUCGCCGGGAGGCUCUCUACGCUCACAAAAUGGACACAACUUCAUCGAAGACGACGAUUACGACGAUGAAACUAUAGAUGAGAUAAUUAUGCAAAAUCCAUGGCUCGAAGGAUACGAGAGCAUGGACUCACCUAGCGAGCACGAAUCGGAAUACUUUAGCAAGCCUAGCGGUCUAGAGAACUCGUCAUCUGAUUUCGAGGGCUUAGAAGGCAUUUAUCGGUUCAUUGAGCAGUGCGACAAUGCGCGUAGGAGAUGAUGCACUCUUCAAUUAAUUUUCAUUUGUAUAUUUGCCGCGCAUGAGAUUACGUCUGUGGUGCGGAAUAUCUGCUUGUUGAUAUCACCUCGUGCAUGGGAUGAUUAUCUGGCAUUGAUUUGGAGUUGGGAACACAUACACACUCGUUCAACU